GGUCGGCGAGAUCGGCGGGGCCGCCGGAGAUUCCGGCUUGCGAGCUCUCGUCGGUCGGCUCCACAAUGAGCUUGCUCAGGAAAGGCAUCUACGGGAACUACAAGAAGCUCGACUCUCGUCCAUGGAAGAGCAGUUGAAGCGCGAGCAGCGCAAUCGCGAGGCCAGCAUGACGGCACUCUCCAACUCCCUGGAGAGCAUGGUGAAAAAGGUGAUCGGACGUAUUGAUCAGGGCUUAUCCUUCAGCGCCACCUCGAUGAAGGAGCGCACGGAUCAGACGGAGAUGCGAAUGAGGUCGAUGCUCCAAAGAGUCGAUGAAGGAAUCACCGCUGCUGCAGCUAUCCAAGAGGACCCCCUCGUGGAAGCGAGUCCCAACCGAGCCGCAGGAG